AUGGGAGACUGCUUACAGCGGUCUAAUGCUCCAUUCUCCAGUCCACAGAAACAAGGGUGUCGAUCCAAAAACGAACCAGCUUUUGCCAGAGUCGGCAUUGGCAACGUCGUCCUCUCGGGCGUCGUCUUGAUCUUCGCGGGACUCCUACUCAAUAUCGUCCUUACUGAUGGUAUUGUCGAAAGAGACUCGGUCGUGGUGAAGACUGACACAGAAACCUAUUACAUAACCGCCACUAUCACGAAGACAGAAACAUCACUACCGGUCACAGCAGCAACGACACCUGCUACAGGUCUUCGUGCUUGGCCGAGUCCAGAUGUCCAUACAUAUCACGAGGCAAUCAUUCGCCCUAGCAACGCUGCAGAUGAAAGUGACGAAGCUCGGAGUGAAGAAGAGUAUGUGGAGGAAGUCGACUGGCUUCAGGAUUUUGAAGUUCCUUGGGGUCAACUCGAGAACUACGAAUUUGGAGACAAACUAGGAAAGGGCGAGUAUGCCGAAGUAUUUCAAGCCACCGAUCUUCGCAACAACAGAAGCUGUGCUGUGAAAGUCCUCAAGCCUACCGAAAAGCACCUGGCGAAGCGAGAGAUCAAAAUCCUUCAGGACUUGAUUGAUGGUCCAAACAUCAUCCGGUUCGUCGACGUUGCCCGUAAUAGCAUGGGCAAGUGGCCAUCGAUCGUGACUGAAUACGUCGACAGUCCUUACUACAGACACUUAUACUCAACCUUCGACGACAUUGACGUGAGAUUUUAUAUGUUCCAGUUAUUGUCGGCAUUGGAGUUUGCUCAUAGCAAGAAUAUCAUGCAUCUCGACAUCAAACCCCACAAUGUCAUGAUUGAUCAUGAAAAUAGAAAGCUUCGUCUCAUUGAUUGGGGCCUAUCGAACUACUAUGAUCCUGAUUAUAGCUAUGGGACAUCUGUCGGAUCACGAUUUUGGCGAGCGCCGGAACUUCUCAUUAAUUAUGAAUGGUACAACCCUUCAUCAGAUAUCUGGGCCGUAGGCUGCAUGAUGGCAGGUCUCAUCUUCGAAAAGGAACCCUUCUUUCGAGGACGAUCCAACGACGUUAAUCAACUCGUUCAGAUCGCUAAGAUUUUGGGAACGGAGGGCUUGUUCAAGUGGAUCGACAAGUAUGGCCUUGAGUUAGGCGAGGAGUUCGACGACAUCAAAGGCUUGUACCUUAGGCAGACAUGGGAAAGUCAGGUGUAUUGGCAAAGUCGGAGGAGGGUUGGGGACGACGCAUUUGACCUGCUGAGCAAAUUGUUGGUUUACGAUCACAACGGACGUUUGACCGCCACCGAAGCGAUGAAUCACCGUUAUUUUGAUCCGGUCCGCAGCUGGGCUCUAUCGCAUCCGAAUAGCACGACAGCUUGGGACAUCGAGUAG